GGCCGGGGCCGGGGCCGGGGCGGCGGCGGCGGGGCCGGGACAGCGGCCGGCGUCCAGCUCCUUCUCCCGCGGGGCGGCGUCCCCGGACGGUGUCCAGCUGCGCCCAAGUCCGGCCGGUGCCGCCGGGCCGCCUCCGCGAUGCCCCCGAAGAAACAGGCUCAGGCCGGGGGCAGCAAGAAGGCGGAGCAGAAAAAGAAGGAGAAGAUCAUCGAAGACAAAACUUUUGGUCUAAAAAACAAGAAAGGAGCAAAGCAACAGAAAUUUAUCAAAGCUGUCACCCAUCAAGUUAAAUUUGGCCAACAAAAUCCACGUCAGGUAGCACAAAGUGAAGCUGAAAAGAAAUUGAAGAAAGAUGAUAAGAAGAAGGAAUUACAAGAGCUAAAUGAGCUGUUCAAACCUGUAGUUGCUGCUCAAAAAAUAAGCAAAGGUGCAGACCCCAAGUCUGUGGUAUGUGCGUUCUUCAAGCAAGGACAGUGCACUAAAGGAGAUAAGUGCAAAUUUUCUCACGACUUGACUCUGGAGAGAAAGUGUGAAAAGCGAAGUGUUUACAUCGAUGCGAGAGAUGAAGAACUUGAAAAGGACACUAUGGAUAAUUGGGAUGAGAAAAAACUGGAAGAAGUAGUGAACAAGAAGCACGGUGAGGCGGAAAAGAAAAAACCAAAAACUCAAAUAGUUUGCAAGCAUUUCCUUGAGGCCAUUGAAAACAACAAAUACGGCUGGUUCUGGGUCUGCCCCGGCGGGGGUGAUAACUGCAUGUAUCGCCAUGCACUUCCCCCUGGAUUUGUAUUGAAAAAAGAUAAGAAGAAAGAAGAGAAAGAGGAUGAAAUUUCAUUAGAAGAUCUAAUUGAGAGAGAGCGGUCUGCCUUAGGUCCAAAUGUUACCAAAAUCACGUUAGAAUCUUUUCUUGCAUGGAAAAAAAGGAAAAGACAAGAAAAGAUUGAGAAACUUGAACAAGACAUGGAAAGAAGGAAAGCAGACUUCAAGGCAGGGAAAGCGCUCGUGAUCAGUGGUCGUGAGGUGUUUGAAUUUCGUCCUGAGUUGGUUAACGAUGAUGAUGAGGAGGCCGAUGACACCCGUUAUGUCCAGGGCACAGGUGGUGACGAGGUUGACGACUCAGUGAACGUAAAUGACAUAGAUCUAAGCCUCUACGUCCCCAGAGACGUAGACGAGACAGGUAUCACUGUAGCCAGUCUUGAACGGUUCAGCGUGUGCGCUUCAGCAAAGGACGAAAACAAAUUAAGUGAAGCUUCUGGAGGCAGGGCUGAAAAUGGUGAAAGAAGUGAUCUGGAAGAGGACAGCGGAGGAGAGGAACAGGAAACUGGAGCUGUGGAUGCUGUUCCUGUGGACGAGAACCUUUUCACUGGGGAAGACUUGGACGAGCUAGAAGAAGAGUUAAACACACUUGACCUAGAGGAAUGACGCCCGGCAAGGCAGUGAAAAAAUUAAGGCAGCUCAGCACGAGUUGAAAUUGACUACGUUGAUUUUUUUUUUUCCCCCCCACCUAGAAUUCUUCAACAGAUGUUUAUUUCCCAUGCUGAUUCUGGAGGGCUUACUCUCCCACCAAAAAUUCUCCCUAUGUCUUGUCUUCUGACUUUGGCUAUAUCUCAUAGUAAGUUCGGACAGAGUAGUUCAUGAGAAAUUGAAAAUAUAAUGGUCAUUGCAGUAAAUGAUUGGUCGAUGUACCUCUUCACUCAAGUAGGAAGUGUAAUUGUUUAUCCAACCGUUUGAUUUCCACUGGGCAUGUGUUAACGACAAGGACAACAUAAAUUGUUUAAUCGAAUAGGAAUCAUUCGAUGCAGUUUUCAGUAAGUGGUUUCAGUUCCUCUGUAUUUAUACGUGUAAAAGGCUGCCUAAAGUCAGCGCUGUCCUGCACAGAGGAAGUUUAUCUUUGGGCAUUUAGGUGGACGUUGAUAAUGAAGCUUCUCUACUUCAGCAGGAUCAGCUGCUAUGCCCUGUGUUAAAUUGUUUCAAAACUUUCCCCUUUUGCCAAUAAAGUUGUAAAUAAAGAACAUCAAACAUUACAAUCCAAA